AUGUCUUGCUCAUUUGCACUGAUAUCGGAUAUCAUCAAUCGUAAGCUCGGUAGAAGCCGUCCUUCCGAGUACGACGACGACGACGAGAAGACACGGGCUAUAUCCAUCACCACUACUAUCACCAUCACGACGACGGCGACGGACUCGAUUGGGCACGGCAACGGCCAAUCUGUUUUUGACCUCAACGUUGCCCUGAUGGUCAUCACUAAUAUCUUGAUGAUUCUGCGAUUGUAUGUUCGUGGCAUUAUGGCCAGGAAUCUUGGAUGGGACGAUGGGUUGGCUGUUGUUGCCUGGGGCCUUGUCGUGACCUUUUCUUGUACAGAAAUCGUCCUCUUGACGAAGGGUGUUGGAUAUCACAUACAGGAUGUGCCGAGAGAGACUUUGCUUCAGCUUCUGUCACUGUUUCCUGUCGACAAGUUAGUUUUCAUUUUGGCGGGUGGAUUUGUCAGGCUAUCAAUCCUUGCUUAUCUCCCUCGAAUUAGCAGAGAGAGGUCUUUUAUGACGUGCGUCUAUGGAGUUUUUGUGGCAACCAUAAUUACUGCUGUGACUUCAUUCUUGUUUGUCCUUUUGUCCUGUAGCCCGGUAUCAGACGUAUUCAACGCCGCAAAUCCUGACAGACAAUGCGUUUCAAAACAUAGCCUGUCUCGUAUGAGAUGGGCUCACUCGAUUAUGUCAACUAUUCUUAACGUCGUGAUACUCAGCCUCUGUAUAUGGGUUUCAGCGUCAACCACCAAAACACGAGCUCAAGUCACCAAGAUGACGUUGAUGCUUCUGCUUGGACUGUUUGCUGUUGUUUCGACAAUCACUAGGCUCAUUCUUUUGCUUGCAACCAACAUGAAUGCGGACAUAACUUACAACAGCCUUCGAGUAGCACCGUUCUUCCCCCUAGAGAUCAACUCGGGUCUCUGGUGCAGCUGUCUCCCUGCUUUCCAGCCCCUUUUCGAGUGGACCAACAACCGCUGCUAUAAUCAUUACAGCAUGAGGAAACUAUCUCGAAGCAGCGCCCAAGAGCCGCUGAACGAUUCUUGGCACAGAGAUUACAUGACUGCGAAUCCUCAUGUUUCAAUCCACGGGCAGCCAAGAGAUUUGAGAGGAAAGAGGGCGGCAUCGGAUGCUGAAUCAGCCACUGGAUUCGCAAUGUUGGAGAAUGAAAGAGGCAUCAAGUUGACCACUGAGUUUUCGGUGCAUGUGGAAGACAGGGUGUAUACCGGAGAAGGGUCAGAAGACAUAGUAUCAAGGACACCAGCGUGGAACGCAUUCUGA